CUUAGAGAGUUCACAGACAUUGGCUACGUAGUUCAAUGUCCGCAUUUUAUUGACGUGCAGAAGCGCUCCAAAAUAAAGUCGCAGCUGAAUCGCGGUUGUGGCGUCGUGGCUGCUUUCCGCUGUUCUCAAACUUUUCCCUGGGUGUUUAAAUAUUAAUAUAAAUAAUAAAAGAAGACAUGCGGGUGUGCGAAGUUUUUGGCUGCACCUCUCGGGAAGGUCAAGGGUUACGAUUGUUUUGUUUUCCUAAGAAUCAAGAGCAACGUUUAAUCUGGUUGUCCUGGAUUAGAGUCAACCGACCUGAAUGGACCCCUAAAACAAACAGUCGCAUAUGCGAGUUGCACUUUGCUGCAAAUUGUUAUGAGACGCGGGAGGAUGGCAGCAAAGUAUUGAAAAGGACAGCUACACCGAGUUUUCAAGAAAAGUUUGUACAAAACCUUGAAAAUCUAGAGCGUUCAAAGUCCAUACCAAAAAGAUUUAAAAUUCCUCGAAGUAGGGUAGUUUCUUUGUCAGGCGCAAAAGGCUCUUCAAAAGUGAAGAAAUCAGUUGUUUUAUGGGAUCAUUCGUAUUGCUCGAUAUUUGAUUCAUCACAGAUAUUGCUGUCUCCAGUGUCUCCAAUUACGAAUUCUGCAGUAAAAGAAGUUACUAAAGGUUCAGCUGUAUGGUUUGCAGAUUUGGAUUCACAGUCCAGAUCAAUUAACAUUUCUUCUAGUCAUUCUAAUUUUUUUAAUGUGUCUAUGCCAACAAAAGCUGCUCAGUCACUCUCAUCCAGUCCAGUUAAAGAUCCUCUGUCUUUUGAUGAAGUAAUUGACGAAGAAAAAGUAAUAAUACCAUCUAGAGUAACAGAAAAUGUCAGCACUCAAACAACUAUUGAUAUAUGCAAUAAUGCUUCUGGUCGUUCUGAUAAAUAUGUAGCAAUCACUGCGGCAUUAAAGCAAGAGAUAGCUGAGCAACAGAGGAUAAUUAAAACCUUUGAAAAAAAAAUGAUACCACGUAAACUAACAAAAAAUAUCAGCACUCAAACAACUAUUGAUAUAUGUAAUAACGUUUCUGUGCCUACUGAUAAGUCUGCAACAAUCAUUGUGGCAUUAAGGAAAGAAGUAGCAGAACAACAGAGGAUAAAUAAAAAACUUGAAGAGGAUUGCAAUAGGAUCAAAAAAAGCAGUGAGAAAGUUUAUAAAAUGUAUUUUGAUACUAAACGCAAAUAUUUGGCUUACAAAAGAAAAAUGGAACGCCUGAAGAAAAAAGAAAAAUAAGAGGUAUGCUAUUCUUUGCAAGAACCUGGUAAAAAAUUUUUUAUAUAAACAGGGUAACAUAAGGCAAUUGUCCUAAUUACUGUCAGUGUCCUAAUUACGGCCGCUUUUGUCAAUUGUAGUGUUAGAAUAAAAAGUAUAAGAGCGUUAUAUAUUAAAAAUAUUUCAAUGUUAGACUAAGAGUAUUAUAAACAUAGAUUAAUGCAUAUCUGUAAAUAUAAAGGCAAUAUAUAUGGCAGUAAUUGGGGAGAAGGGACAGUGUGCAGGAUUUUAAUCAGCAGGAUUGGUAGUAAUAAAUUCAUAUCUUAUAUUUUUAUUUCUUCCAUUAUAUAUAAAUAAUCAAUUUUUAAGUUUAUUGUUUUUAUUUUGUGUAUAUAAACAUUUUUAUUUGAUCAAAAGAAUUAUAUAUUUAAAAUACUAAAGCAUAUCACCUACCACUAAGUGUAAAAUGGCAGUAAUUGAAAUAGUUAUUCUAUACACAUAUUUUAUGUAAUGUAUACAAUUUUAUAUAAAAAAUUUUUUUCCGGGAAACUAAAUCUAUAGCAAAUACAAGCUUCAAGUACAAAAUCAAAUAAAGGAUUAAAUUAGAGUUUAGCUAUUAUAAAAGAUAAUUUUUUUUUUUAAGUGAUAUUAAAGAAAUUAAAAAAUA